GGUUUUCGCUCAGACAUGGUCAAACUUGCCUCGCAAAUCAUAACCUCUCUUCUUCUGGGAACUGCGUCGGCUGCAAUAGGAUUCUAUCUCGGACGAAGACAAUCAACUCUAGAAGGUCGACAUUCUUCGACCGCUGAAAAUUCCACAAGAGUGGAGGAAACUGAUCAAGGGGAAGAUGAAGAUGAAGAUGAAGAUGAUGACGACGGGAUUGCUGAUGGAGAUCUGGCUGCUAUAACCCCUGGAUUCGCAGAACCGUGCAAAAUGGUCUUGAUUGUGAGGACCGACCUCAAAAUGACAGUAGGGAAGAUAUCCGCCCAGUGCGAACAUGCAACCUUAGCUUGUUACAAAGCCCUGACAAAGAAAAAUCCAAAGCUUGUGCGUCACUGGGAAAGAACAGGUCAAGCCAAAAUUGCGCUCAAGGGCACUUCUGAGGAACAGCUCCUCGAGUUGGAGGCGAUUGCAAAAAGUUUAAAUUUAUGCGCUCGUUCAAUUAUAGACGCUGGACGAACACAAGUUGAGCCUGGUACAAGAACUGUACUUGCAAUUGGACCAGCUCCUGUUCCACUCAUAAACGAAGUAACUGGUUCCCUUCGGCUUUUAUAAACAAAACACUUUCCAAGUUUUGUUCGAUGCGAAGUGCCAGUGAGUAGAAGAUAUAAC